GGAACGCGUAUCUCGCGACUUCUUUUGGAUUGAGCUCAUCGACACGUCGUCUCUGAUAAUAAGAGGCAACGCGUACAGAAAUCCCUCGGCUCGUUAAGUGGCUGGCGCUUAGUACGGAGCCACCGGCGAUCUCGGAGUUGCCCUAGUCCAAUCGGCCACUCGGCAAUCCCGGCCACUCCGACUUCGACCCAGCAAUAUCAUCUCCCACUCUUCUUUCUCACUCUCACUCAUCACUCACCAUGUCGUCCUCGCGCCCCCACAUUGUCAUUGUCGGCGGCGGCAUCAUCGGCCUUAACACGGCGUACUACCUCCUCUCUGGGCCUGAGCCGCCGCGCGUGACGAUCGUCGAGAACACACACAUCGCCGCCGCGGCGUCGAGCAAGGCCGCUGGCUUCGUUGCAGGCAACAAGGGCUGGCAUGCCCCAGCCAACGUCGAGCUUGCCAAGCUCUCCUUCGACGCCUACACCGACCUUGCGGCUAAGUUGAACGGCGCGGAGAGCUUUGGAUGGCGCCGCGUCACCACUACCGGCGUUAAGAUCGGCAACCAGGACAAGAUGAGCGGGUACCGAACUCUGCCGGUUGCGGGCGCGCUUGAGGCGACGUCGGGCAUUGGCGGGUGGGCCAACGGCGACAAGGUCGUGCUCAUCAACGAGGACAGUGGGCAACUGUUGCCCGGCGCGUUCUGUGCCCGCCUCUGGGCCGAGUGCACAGCCAAGGGUCUUGUGACGCUUAUCGCGACGCCGACGGGCCGUGACGGGAAGACACUGCGCACGACCGAGGGCCUGCUUAAGUUCGAUAAGCUUGUUCUCGCUGCCGGACCAUGGACCGCCGACCUGUGUGAAACGCUCGGCCUCCCCCGCGUCCCGGUGUCGUCACUGCCCGGACACCACAUCCAGAUCAAGCCUGCCAUGCCAAAGGGCAUGCAGGUGAUCCCGGACGAGUCGCUAUUCUGCGGCGUAGGUGCCGGCGAUGGGAACAUCCUUGAGUCUAUUGCGGCGGAUAUUCCGGACUACGAGCCUGGGUCGUGGGAGCGCACCCAGGGGUGGACGCGGACUGUCGAGUUCUUCCCGCGUGCCGACGGCAAUGUCUACGUGGCUGGCGAGAAUGCCAUUCCCAAGACGAUUGGAGAUCGUGCAGCUGACGCCCGCCUCAACCGUCUGCCGCCUACAGCGGCCCGGUGCCGCGCCCACGUCGAUGACGAACUUGUGGCACGCAUGGUGCGGGCUUCCAAGGCGGUCUCCCCCGCUCUGGACCUCGACAAGGGUGCCCAGCUGGUUGAAGCAGACCUGUGUUACCGCCCCAUCACGCCCGACAAGUGCCCUAUCAUUGGCGAGUGGGCAGAGGACAUCUAUGUUUCAUCGGGGCAUGGGCCGUGGGGCAUCACACUCGCAACGGGGUCGGGCAUCGUGCUCUCCGAGCUCAUCCGUGCUGAUCUGGCGCAUAAGAAGCCUCAGCUUAGCGCCGACAUCUCGGGACUCGAGCCGCACCGGUUCGGGCCGAAGCGCUCCGCCAAGCUCUAGCGAGCUAAGAUUGUCUUGUUACCAUUCACAUUUGGGAUCACUGUGGUUAUGGAAGCUUGGUAUCGACGG